CCCCAGCCGCCGUCAGUCACUCGUCACCGCGGAGGGAAGGGGAGGGCUAAGGGGCAGGGAUGGAAGCCCCCCUCGCCGAGGUUGCCUAGACAACAUCAGGAAUCGUGGCCAGGGCCUCUUCCGCCUGCGGGGCGCUGCUUCCUGCAUCAGUCACUCCCGCUGGGGGCGGGGCGGAGGAAGGGGUUGGAUGUGGCAGAGCCAGGCCCCAGCCGGUGCUCCGACUCCCCCGCCACUGCUGCGGUCGCCUCCGUGGCUCCAGCCAUGGCAUCGUACCCAUCUGGCCCAGGCAAGCCCAAGGCCAAAUGUCCCUUUAAGAAGCGGGGCAGCCUGCAGGUCUCUGCGCCAGUGCCAGAGGCUCGGGGUAGUCUGGGGGCUCCUCCGCUGCAGUCAGCCCGCUCCCUGCCGGGCCCUGCCCCCUGCCUUAAGCACUUCCCGCUGGACCUGCGCACAUCCAUGGAUGGCAAAUGCAAGGAGAUCGCCGAGGAACUGUUCACCCGCUCGCUGGCUGAGAGCGAGCUCCGCAGCGCCCCCUACGAGUUCCCGGAGGAGAGCCCCAUUGAGCAGCUGGAGGAGCGGCGGCAGAGGCUGGAGCGCCAGAUCAGCCAGGAUGUCAAGCUGGAGCCAGACAUCCUGCUUCGAGCCAAGCAAGAUUUCCUGAAAACGGACAGUGACUCAGACCUGCAGCUCUACAAGGAGCAGAGUGAGGGGCAGGGCGACCGGGGCCUGCGGGAGCGUGAUGUGAUGCUGGAGCGGGAAUUUCAACGGGUCACCAUUUCUGGGGAGGAAAAGUGUGGGGUGCCAUUCACAGACCUGCUGGAUGCAGCCAAGAGUGUGGUGCGGGCGCUGUUCAUCAGGGAGAAGUACAUGGCGCUGUCACUGCAGAGCUUCUGCCCCACCACCCGCCGCUACUUGCAGCAGCUCGCCGAGAAGCCCCUGGAGACGCGCACCUACGAGCAGGGCCCUGACACCCCCGUUUCUGCUGAUGCCCCCGUGCACCCCCCUGCUCUGGAGCAGCACCCCUACGAGCGCUGUGAGCCCAGCACCAUGCCUGGCGACCUGGGCUUAGGCCUGCGCAUGGUGCGCGGCGUGGUUCAUGUCUAUACCCGCAAGGAUCCAGAUGAGCAUUGCCCAGAGGUGGAGCUGCCCUACCCUGACCUGCAGGAGUUUGUUGCUGAUGUCAACGUGUUAAUGGCCCUAAUCAUCAAUGGCCCCAUUAAGUCGUUCUGCUACCGCCGGCUGCAGUACCUGAGCUCCAAGUUCCAGAUGCAUGUGCUACUCAACGAGAUGAAGGAGCUGGCCGCCCAGAAGAAAGUGCCACACCGCGAUUUCUACAACAUUCGCAAGGUGGACACACACAUCCACGCCUCGUCCUGCAUGAACCAGAAGCACCUGCUACGUUUCAUCAAGCGGGCGAUGAAGCGGCACCUGGAGGAGAUUGUGCACGUGGAGCAGGGCCGCGAGCAGACGCUGCGGGAGGUCUUCGAGAGCAUGAACCUCACGGCCUACGACCUGAGCGUGGACACGCUCGAUGUGCACGCGGACCGGAACACGUUCCAUCGCUUCGACAAGUUCAAUGCGAAGUACAACCCCAUCGGGGAGUCUGUCCUCCGAGAGAUCUUUAUCAAGACUGACAACAGGGUAUCUGGGAAGUAUUUUGCUCAUAUCAUCAAGGAGGUGAUGUCAGACCUGGAGGAGAGCAAAUACCAGAACGCAGAGCUGCGGCUCUCCAUCUAUGGGCGCUCACGGGACGAGUGGGACAAGCUGGCACGGUGGGCUGUGAUGCACCGCGUGCACUCCCCCAAUGUGCGCUGGCUCGUGCAGGUGCCCCGCCUCUUUGAUGUCUACCGGACCAAGGGCCAGCUGGCCAACUUCCAGGAGAUGCUGGAAAACAUCUUCCUGCCGUUGUUUGAGGCCACAGUGCACCCGGCAAGCCACCCAGAGCUGCACCUCUUCUUGGAGCACGUGGAUGGUUUUGACAGCGUGGAUGAUGAGUCCAAGCCUGAGAACCACGUCUUUAACAUGGAAAGCCCCCUCCCCGAGGCCUGGAUGGAGGAGGACAACCCGCCGUACGCCUACUACCUGUACUAUACCUUCGCCAACAUGGCCACCUUGAACCACCUGCGCAGGCAGCGGGGCUUCCACACGUUUGUGCUGAGGCCGCACUGCGGGGAGGCCGGGCCCAUCCACCACCUGGUGUCAGCCUUCAUGCUGGCCGAGAACAUCUCCCACGGGCUGCUUCUGCGCAAGGCCCCUGUCCUGCAGUACCUGUACUACUUGGCGCAGAUUGGCAUCGCCAUGUCUCCACUCAGCAACAACAGCCUCUUCCUCAGCUACCAUCGGAACCCGCUGCCCGAGUACCUGUCCCGUGGCCUCAUGGUCUCGCUGUCCACAGAUGACCCACUGCAGUUCCACUUUACUAAGGAGCCGCUGAUGGAGGAAUACAGCAUUGCCACACAGGUGUGGAAGCUAAGCUCCUGCGACAUGUGUGAGCUGGCCCGCAACAGCGUGCUCAUGAGUGGCUUCUCCCACAAGGUAAAGAGCCACUGGCUGGGCCCCAACUACACCAAGGAGGGUCCUGAGGGCAAUGACAUCCGGCGCACCAAUGUGCCAGACAUCCGUGUGGGCUACCGCUACGAGACACUGUGCCAGGAGCUGGCGCUCAUCACGCAGGCCGUCCAGAGUGAGAUGCUGGAGACCAUCCCGGAGGAGACGGGUGUCGCCAUGAGCCCAGGGCCUCAGUGAGCUGACCCUGAGUGGAACCUGAUCCAUCCCAGCCCUAUGGCUGCCUGCCGUUCUCAGACCCUCCAGUUCUGCCACAGUUGCUGCAUGUCUCCAUUGUUUCGUUUCUGUCUCGCAUGUCUCUGACCAUGUUCUGUCCCUGGGCCACCCCACCGAGAGCUGUGCCUGGGAGCCUGCUGUGCCAUCAUUGUGGUUCCAGGUGGCUUUGCUGGUGGCCUUGACCUGUGGGGGUCUACAGUAUCCACAGGGACUUGUGAACGUUGUGGGGGCGGGGUUGCUCCCUUUAGCCUUUGGGGUCCAGCUUGGACAAAUCUGAAGCUCGGGCCCCUGUCCUGUGUGUAUGGCAGAAGGGCAGUCGAGCCUGUGCCCCAUGCCAGGCUCAAGGCUCGGUGCCAGUCCUGGACCUCCUGGCCUGUGAGGAUGCAUUGGCCUGGAAGUGCAGGACCACACUGCUGCAGAACCACUGUCUUUUCCGUCCACUCCCUGCCUGCUCCACUUGUGGUGUCAUCUCCUUGUUUCUCUGUGAGGGGGGUGGCUGCUCCUGGCUGUGCCGGGGGCUCCUGCAGCUGGAAGGGGGCUGAACCUGCCAUCAGCCAUGGGAGGUAGGGAGCCCCAGGGUGACCCCCAGAGCUCUGCCCACACCUGGAUUCCAGCCAGCCCCCUUGUGCAGGGUCUGGCCUGAAGUGUUCGCUGUGAGAUACAGUGUUUUGUACGAGCCAUCUUUCCUAGUGCAUGAGAAAUAAAAAUUAUUUAAGUAUU